AUGAUAGACCUUACCCACCCUCUUGAUGCCACGGCACCGGUGUGUGCAGGCCACCCUAGUUUCGCUUGCCAUCCGCUCCUCUUGUUAGAACGGGAUGGCAUAAACGUCUGCAGCCUUACGCUGGGAUCUCAUACAGGCACACACAUAGAUGCGCCUUACCACUUCGUCGAAAAUGGGAAGGAGCCACGCAGCAAGCUCGCGUGGCCCGACGUCGAACCCUACGCGCAAAGGUUGGGACCAGGCGUCAUCGUUCUGCUCCAUACCGGGUGGUCGAAAUACUGGGGGCAACCCCAGUACAGAGAUCAUCCUUCGCUCGAUGUCGACUGUGCACGGAAGAUCAUGGCUUCCGGCGUGCGAGUCGUCGGUGUUGAUGCCUUGAGUCCUGAUGAAUUGCCUCUCGAAGGGGAGAAGGAUUGCUUUGACGUGCAUUAUGUCAUACUCGGUGCUGGCGGCGUUAUCGCAGAGAACCUGAAUAACUUGGAUAACAUCAACUUCGAUGAUGUGAUGGUCAGCUUACUUCCGCUCAGGCUCACUGGCUGCGACGGGUCUCCGAUUCGAGCGGUCGCCUGGCCUGCGAGUAGUCGUAAGUGA